CAAAUGACGAAGGGAACUUCCAGCUUCGGCAAGCGCCACAACAAGACGCACACGCUCUGCAGACGUUGCGGCCGCCGCUCUCUCCACAUCCAGAAGCACACCUGCUCCUCAUGCGGAUAUCCCGCGGCUAAGACCCGCAAGUUCAACUGGGGCGAGAAGGCCAAGCGAAGGAAGACCACGGGCACCGGCCGCAUGCGAUACCUCAAGACCGUCUCCCGCCGCUUCUCCAACGGCUUCCGAACGGGCGCUCCCGCCAGCACAAAGGGUCCCCAGACCUCGUAGACGAUGGACGGUUGACGGGAACAGGGGAUAGCGCGGGCGUGAAGGUCGAAGGGAACAGGAGCAUGAGCGACAGACGGGUUUUCUCACACUGGCAAUGGUAUUGCUCGGGGCGUUAUUCAGCAUCCCCUCUCCCAAUGGCUCUUUCCAUCCCUUGACAGACGGUGAGGGUGGGAGAUACCUUCUGGGCCUUGUGGCAUAAAUAUGGAAAAUUUCAUCAUGGUCUGUCACGAAUGAAGACAUGAAUUCAAAUGCUGUCGUGCGGAAUUGGUGUUUGUUGAUCGACCUGCGUUUACCUGGGCUGUUCGACGCUACACGGGCCGAGCCAUUGUGUCCCCAAAAGGAUACC